AUGUCACACUUGAAGAACAAAUACAAAUUAGCAGAGAAAAUUAAAAUAGACACACAGGCUACCCAUAGAAAUGAAGACGAAGGUACCGAGGAGGAAGCUGUAAGUUAUGAUCCUACGGAGACCUGUACAUAUGCUGUUACCGUGUCAAAGAAAACCUCACCUUGUGCAGAGGAAGAAUCAGCUUUAUGUGCUGGACAAAAAUCGUUCAUCAGCAUUCACUCUACUGACCAACUAUGUCAAGUGGCUGACAUCGAAAACCCUUUGAACUUAGACGAAUGUCACGUGGAAGUUUUAAGUCUCAACGAAGUAUUCCCUUCGACUUCAGAAGAAAGUCUUUCAAAUGAAGACGAUUCGCCAGUGCAAAGAAAGCACAGGAACAAGAAUAAAACGGCGACGAUACAAAAGUGUCAAUCUGAGAAUGCAGCUAAGUCGGGCUAUGUGCCCACAAACAGUAAGUCGUCUACUCAAUCCGGGAGGCAGAAGGAGCAACUGGAGGGUCAAUCGUCUGGAUAUUCGGAUUUCGAUAUACCGAAAAGCACAAUGUACGUAAUGAAAAAGUUUCUACGAAAUAUAGACAAACACAAGAACGAACAAAACAGUAAAAUAAACGAGAAGGCGCUCAGCAAGUUGACCACGAUGCGCGGCAUCCUCAAAGACGGCCGCUGCGGACCCGAGUGUACGGCAGCAGAAUUAGCAGUGCCGUUUCCAAUGGACUUCUGUCCACAGCCUCAUUUCACGAAGCAGAGUUCAGACAAAAAUGUAACUUUCAACACUCAAGUGGUGAUCAUACACUUCAGCGGAGACCUAUGCGUCGGUCAAAGCGUCGAAACACUCAGCAAAGAGAAAGACCAGCAAGCUAGAAACUCGGAAUUGAGAAAAACCUUUCUGACCAAAUACAACGAAUUUUGGCCCACACAAAAAUAA